AUGGAGAAGCAGCUCGAGAUGCUCAGCAACGUGCCGGGCAUCAACAGGCUCUCGCAGGUGGUGGCGCAGGACUUCAACGUCGCCAUCAAGCUGCCAGACAACGUCAAGUGCACUGGUGGUACGCAUCUCCCUCAACACGACUAUACAAAACGGUUGGCUAACAUGGGUGCAUCCCUUAGGCUCGGCGGGCAACAUCUGCACAGUUCGCUCCGAAACAAUGCCAUAGCCGGGCCGUUUGGCGGUUGCUUCCCCAUCCAGCAGAUCGACGUCGAGCCGACGAUCAACACGCCACAAAACAUCAAAAGCUUCAAGGGCCUGCCGGGUGUGCUGAGCCAGAUCGACGGCAACCUGCGCGACCUGGACGAGGCCAUAAAGGCGCUGGCCAGGGAGGGCUCGGCCGAAGCCAAAAACAACCUGGAGGCAGGCCACGCCCUGCUCAAGGCCUCGGCCAUCUCCAAGCGGUUCCCGACCACGACGCAGCUCGCGCCCACCAACGCCGUGGCCGGCCCCACCUCGGCUGGUGGCGGUGCCAAUGCGUCGACCACACCGGCGGCAUCGCUGACCUCGGCCGCGGCGACGUCGAGGAGGAGGAAGGGGAAGAGGGUCACACUCACACGCAAGCGGAUGAGGCCCACCUCGUCGGCGUCGGCGACGACCACGGCGCCCUCUGGCGGUGCUGCCUCGACUACGGCCGCGGCGACGUCUGCUCUCGCAGCCAGCACGACAGGCACGGCGCUGAGCUCAUCCCUGGUGCUCAAGCCCUUCCGUGCCUGA